AUGCCGGCACCGAUCGGUUCACAGACGUUAGCAAAGGUCCUGGCUCUCAUACGGAAUAAAAGUGAUGUAUGCUUCACCCAGUUGCUCAGUGGCUUUGAGGACAGUGGACUUUUGCACCGGCUCUGCACAAGGCAAUGGUGGCCGCGAGCCCACGCAGCGACUUCGGGCCUGGCGAUGCUGGCCGGCAACCUAGCGCCUGCAAAUUACUUUGAACCUAGUAACGACUACUAUGAUUUUCUGACGGAGAUCGGCUUGGGGGGAGCUUACGCGAAUGCUGAGGAAGAGAUCAAACUGUUUAUCAACUCCGAGGAAGCGAAGCUGGUCAAGUUUGAGGGUGGACCGCACUUCUUGAGCUAUACUCACCACGCACAACUGCAUCAGGACUUGCUGCGCUUCGUUAGGCGAUGGAGUGGCAAUGCGAGGGCUAUCAUCUAG